UUGCCCAAUUGGACUUAACUCCGCCCACCUUCAGUCACGUGCUCUACAUAACCGGAAGAGGAAAUGUUGCCAUUUCUAAAGCGUGAAUGUGCAGAAAGUUGAAUAACAACAAUGAAUUUUGCAUCAUUAGAUAAGAAAAAUACAUGUUUUGCGAAACAGCAAGAUAUAACUCUGCCGACCAGUGGAGAAUAUGGAUUCCAUGAUGUUAUGAUCACUGGUUUGCAGCAGGCACAAAGUAAGCUGGUUGCAUCUCAUCCUCUGGAGUUGUCUGAGAAACAUUAUGCAGGAAAGAAUGAAGCAAUGGACUUUGCAAAUCUUCGAAAAAUUCAAGGGAUUCAUGCUCCUCUCAGACUGAAAAUGGAGAGAUUAGCUGUUGCUAAGGUGCAACACCUGCCAUGCUUACCAUCUUCCAAUGUGUUACUUGACACUUUGAUGGGGAAUGAUGAUAUUUUGGAAUUUGGAGACAUCCUUAAUACUCAUGAAUUCAGUGAGACAAUGACUGAUCCACACAUUUUAAUGGAAGCUCAGUUGAAUAUACUCUAAACUGCAAUUCCGAGAAGAAGGAUUUUCUCUUUAGAAUUUUUUAUUUUCAUUUGUUUUUUUAAUGAACCUUUUGAAAUAAAUCUCUUUUCUCUUCA